GCUUUCCAAGGGUGACAUUUAACGCAACACGCAGCUCUGCUCUGUGCGUAAUGCAGGGACAGCGCUGGAUCCACAGCGGCCACAGCUGCGCAUAUCUGUAGUAUUUGGUAGUGGUUUUUGGAGACGCCAUAACCUAUGCAGCCACUCCGUGCAGCGCACAGCUUCCAUGAGUGUACACUUCUGCAAAAAUGUCUUUUUUAAGCAUACCGAACCAAGAGGGCCUUUUUACCACGCGAACCGACAAGUCAGCCGAGGCGGCCGAGAGUAGGUCCCACUUAGACGACGGGGAUAACAAUGAUGAUGAUGAUGAUGAAGACGAUGACACCGAGGACGUCCGCCUCAUCCCAAGAUGCUCCCCGGUGCCCAGAAAGCGAGGCUCGUCCAUCUACGACGAGACGGCUGAGUACAUGCGGAUCCACUUGGCGCUGUCCGCCGGAAAGAGAGUGUCAUUCGCCGAUACAACAGGUGGGGAUCUGGUGGACGUGAAGGAAUUCGUUGCCUUUGAUUCGGACGAGGAAGAGGGUAGCGCAAGGUGGGAGGAAGAGGAAGCGAAGUAUCGAAAGCCAGAGCGAGAACCGACCUAUCAUGUGCACCCGGAGUUUAACGCGCCCGCCGCCGGUGCCCUGCUGCAGGCUGUGCGCGCCAGCAAAGUGGAGGUUGAGCGCAUUUGUCCGGUUGAGAAUGAGCCACUUGCCUUCAGCGGGGCCAUACGCGUCCUGAACAUCUCCUUCCACAAAGCAGUUUAUAUCAGAUCGACCAUGGACAACUGGGCUACUUACUUUGAUCACCCAGCAGAGUACGUCCAGGGAUCCCACGAUGGGGAGACUGAUCAGUUCUCCUUCAAGCUGUCUUUCGCACCACCUUACAUCACACACGGCUCUCGCAUUGAGUUUGUCGUUCGCUAUGAAACCUCUGAUGGUGAUUACUGGGCUAAUAACUCCUCCAUGAAUUAUGUGGUUACUCUGCACCUGUCCUAUGAAGAUGAUUCAGCUCAGACAACCGUGGACAUGCAGCAAACGAGAGGCAUCCUGAAGCCUCCAAAAGCUUACAGUAUGAAUGAUGCUUUUGAUUCAGAGGAUGAGCAGGAAAAGGAAGAAGAAGAAGCAGGGACCUCCAAGUCAGGACUUGUCAGGCCUACAGCUGUGUGCCCAGUCAUCAUACAGCCGGAGAUUGAUGUAGAGAUUCACCCAUCUGCUCCCUCUGUCCCACCCAACCAAGAGCUUCCAUCUGUUGAUAGCACGCUGUCCGCUCACACUGUAUCCCCAGGUGAACAAUUGCCUUGUAUGUCAUCCGAAACCACACUUCAAACUAAUUCAUCCUUUGUACUCCGUGCCAGCGACUCAAUCCAGCCGAGUAAGUCACAGCCUUUACCCAGACUCCACUGUGAAUUAGGCGACCAAACGUCAGAGCAGCCCAUAGACAUUAGUCCCUCCGCACUGCGGCCUGCUUCAGCUCCUUCUCCACAGCGAGAGUCGAGGCCGAGAUCAGACAGCUCCCAGGCCGGCGGAGAGGAAAUCCCUCCCUCAGAGGCCUCACACGUGCAUCUUCCAACCGCAGAGACGAAUCUGCGGGCAGCAACAGGAGAGGACGGAUCGACCGGCAGCCCAGCCGGUCGUCCUUGCCUUGAACCGCCUGCUGAGUGUGUCUCAGCUCCCUGUGUGACUCAGGGCUUUGAGCGAGAGGCUGCAGUGGGAUUGAGUGAACUUGCUGCAGGAUUAUCAGAAGGUUCCACCAGGUCUGCGGCGCAUCAGGAAGGCAGUACGCCCGCGCUCUUCUCUCCUGUGGCAGAGAGUCAGGCAUCUCCGGGAGCACAAGGUGAAGCUCCGCCAUCACCUGAACUCACAGAGAGCCCCUCAAAGAGUACAGGUGUCGCCGAGAUGAGCCGAAACUUAGCUCCUCAGUCUCUCCCGGCCUGGGAAGAGAAGGAAGAUGCUCCCCGGAUUUCCCCUGACACAUUAUUAGAGAAUCUACCAAACGCGUCGUCAGAGGUUUCCGAGCUCCAGUCUGAGCGUGACGUGAACAGGAAUCUGAUGCCAUCCGUCGUCUUUCUGAGCGGCGUCGUCUCCCUCUCCAUAGUGUUGCAGGAACCCAGCGCCCUCUUCCUCAUUGGACUUCUUUUGGUCUUGCACCGUUUAUGAUCAUGCCAUUCUGAUGUGUUGUCAAGUUAAGUGCCUUUUUGUGACUCCAAAAUAAGCCAACAAGUUUUUUUUUGAAGAUAGAUUCACAUUUUCAUCCAAUGAAAGACACUAUUUCCAUGCAAAGUUCAAUUCAAGGAGAAAGUAAUUGUAAAUAUACAAAUACUGGCGAUAUUUUAAUGCAUUCUGUCCAAUAAGUGUUAAGUAAUAGAACAGUGGUCAAUUAUUAUCCCAUUUCUCCAGCAGCAUUGUGAUCACUCUAAUGCUGAAGCGCAGUAUUAGAGUAAUUAGUAUAUUAUCAGAGAUGUUUCGUAAGUGGUCUGUUAUUACUUUUUUUCUUGUCAAGUGGAGAUGUGUGUAUGUGGUGUUAUAUUCUGAUUUAUUCAUUAUCAGCACUAUAAUGCACUUGUAUUUUUAUUGUUGUUGUCCCUGUAGCUGAGGUUGUUGUCUAACCACACUGCCAUGACUUUAACUUUUGUGAAUUCCAUGUGUUAUUAUGUCUUUAAUGAAGGACAAAGAAACAUUACCGUAGUGGGACGCUAAAGAGAAUUGUUACAGAUGGUAUUUUGUUUACAAAAUGUAAAAGCAGGAAAUGGUUGUGUGAAGUAUUUUUGCCUUAAUGCCUAAAAACACAAAAACCUGAUGGCCUGUAGUGAACAUCAGUUUGCUGCUUGAGGGACAAAACAAGUAGGAAGUAGAAAAUGCUCUUUAUCAUUCGAGAGCACCAGCCUCGUCAACGUCUCCUCACUAUUGCACAUGAGUCUUCCUGUUGAUCCUCGCUUGCAAACCCACAUCGUUGUUGUUGCACAACACAAAAUUUUACAGCACAACUGUGCUAGCCUCACAGACAGACCGAAGCACUGAAGUGAUGUUUGAAGUGAUGAAAGUUUUUGCAGUGU